UGUUACCGCAAUCGCGCCGCCUGGUAACACUGUGCCCAAUUGGACUGUGGGGGCGAAAAUAAAAAAAAUAAAAAUAAGAAUCAUGUCGACGCUGCAGCUGGAAUUUUCGCAGGCAAUGACCGACUUUAAGAAGAUGUUCCCGGACAUCGACCGCGAGGUGAUCGAGGCGAUCCUGCGAGCGAACCUGGGGGCCGUGGACCAGACCAUCGACGCCCUACUGGCCAUGUCGAUUGACAACCAGAACGAGAAACUGCGCAAUGAACUGGAUGCUAAUAUCUCGCCCCAGCAGAGCCUCAUCAACCUGAACGAUUCGGACAAAGACCUCCAGCUGGUGGACACCACGGACGGCGGGGGAGCUGUUGCGGCCGCGGGUGCAGCUGGAGCACCCAAUGCCCUGCUGACCACUGCUGGCGCCUCCCCGAGCCACCAGAACACGGGCGCCUCGCCCAAGCAACGUCCACUGGGAACGGCCAGCAAGGGGAGCAGCCAGAACAACACGCCCACCAAGCGCAGUCGUCGCUGGAAUCCACCCAUUUUGGGACCAUUGCCGGCUGGCUUCCUGCGGAUCACACCCGCUCCCGGGCAGCAGGACUUUGAGCUCCCGGACGAGCAGUUCGCCCUAAUGCUGCAGAACGAGGAGUUCAUGAACCAGCUGCGCUGGAAUCAGGACUUCAUGAAUGCCCUCGAAAGGGAGCAGAGUGGCAAGGCCAAGGGCGAGGACGACGCCCCUUUUCAGGAGCGGCUCAAGAACAUGGGCAAGAUGUCGCGCAAGAAGUUCCUGCAGAUGGCCCGGGUCUUCACCUGGCAGCGCAACAAGAAGGUGACCACGGCCAAGCAGAUAGACUCGCUGCCGCUGCGCGAGGAGCCCAGUGACGACGAGGACCACCACCAUCACCACCAGCAGCAGCGCGACCAGCAGCAGGCGAGCCAGCAGCAGUCCAGCCAGCAACAGGGACAGUUGCAGCUGCGCAAGUGAAGCGGAACGUUCUGUUAUCUUAUCUCAAUGGCCAUAACGUGACGAUCACGUGCGCUAGUAAUCUCCCCAAAACGAAACGCAACCCAGACCCAAGUAAUCUCCAGGCAAGAACGAAAUCUCCUGUCCCAAUCUCAACACAAAGACGCGAUGGUAUUUCUUUUAGUUUUAACCUGAAGUGCAAUUUUCCUCCCUACCGUGCAAUAUUACCCCUUUCCUUAUUGUUUAUACACGUAUUGUUUACCCCUUUCGUUGUUGCCAAAUUAGCGUAGUUAAGUUUUAUCCAUUAUUUGUAAACGAAACUGAAUGCGGCCUCUUUUGAGCCGCGUUUGCUAGAGAACCACACUCGUACACACGUUCGACUGAUUAUAGAAAGCGUUAAUUAACCAAGCAUCACACACCAGGGAUCGAAGGCGAGUCCCCCAAGUAGAGCACUUUGCUUAGCCCAAAACCUAGUCAUAAAGCGGAACUUAAGCCACUUUUUGUACAGUAAUCAAAACUACCACUUAAUUCCUGUCUUAAAUUCAACUUUCCCCAUUUUAACUGCUGGCCAGCGCUUGAAAACCAUCUUCUAACGAAAAGCAUUACUUAUAUUGUAUACCCCGCGAAUCUCUCGGAACUUGCGUACCAUAUCAGCUGUGGAUACAAUGCAGUUUUACUACACCUACACCCCUACUUAACUCCGAAUCGCUCCUAUCGCAGAUCUUACAGUGGAUUAAUAUGCGUGCUUCGCACUAGCAAAUUAUUAUAAUUAAAAAGAUCGGCUAUUUGAUUGUAAUUGUAUAUGUAUAAAUAUUUGAAUAACAAACUUAUAUAACUAUUCCAAGUAUCAAAUACAGAUAUUUCAAAACUUCAA